AUGCAGUGGGUGGCCCUGGCCAUCACCCUGGGGUGUGUGUGCCUGUCGCGCUCCUCACACGGGCCCACCCCCACCCCCACCUCCACACACACCCCCAUGGUGGACAGCUCUGAUGAGGAGGUGGAUGAGCCCUGCUUCGAGCCCUGCGCCUGCGAAGUCAAAGAGGGCGUCCUCCAGGUGCACUGCGACGCCAGGGGCUUCACCAACGCCAGCCAGGUGGCUCACUCCUGGGUGCGCCCCUUCAACCUGAACCUGCAGAGGAACACGCUGCGGCGCUUGUACGCAAACACCUUCCAUCACCUUGGCAACGCUGUGCUUCUCAACCUGGGGAGCACGGCGCUGCAGGACAUCAAAGUGGGCGCCUUCAACGGGCUGGCCAAGCUGCGGAGGCUCUAUCUGCACGAGAACAAGCUGGACGUGUUCCGCAAUGACACUUUCUUAGGCCUGGAGGCGCUAGAGUAUCUCCAGGCUGACUACAAUGUGAUCAAACGAAUAGACAGCGGCGCCCUGAGGUUCCUCCACAAGCUGCGAGUGCUCAUUCUCAACGACAACCUGAUCCCCGCUUUGCCCGCGCACCUCUUCAGGUCGGUCUCCCUGACUCACCUGGACCUGCGAGGGAACCGUCUGAAGAGCCUGACGUUGGCGGGGACGCUGGAGUACGUGGGGCGCUCUCUGAUGGAGCUGCAGCUGGAGGAGAACCCCUGGAACUGCGGGUGUGAGGCCCUGCAGCUGCAGACGUGGCUGGGACAGAUCCCCUACACCGCUGUGGUGGGGGACGUCACCUGCGAAUACCCCUUCCACCUCCACGGCAAGGACCUACGCGAAAUCCCCCGCAAAGAGCUGUGCGCCACCCUGCCCGACAAAGACCUGCAGUCUGAGGGCGGGCCACAGCCUCGCCACCCCCCCUCCAAAGCCAAGCCCCGGGUGAUACCGACCAAGCCGUCCUCGAUGGUCCACGGGUCUCGGCAGAACACGCACACCUCCACCUCCUCCUCGUCCUCCUCCUCGUCCGCUGAGCGCAACAACAAACAGCCCCGGCCGACGAAGAGACCGCGGGCCUCCAGGACUCCCCCGACCGCGCGCAGCCCCCAAAACCCUCCCGUGGCCGGCUACCAAACCCGCCCACCCAUCCCCAUCAUCUGCCCCAUGGGAUGCACCUGCAACCUCCACAUCAUCGACCUGGGCCUGACCGUCAACUGCAAAGAGUGCGGCUUUCUCAACGUCUCGCAGCUCGCACCCAGGCCUCUGAACGGGCGCAAGUUGUACCUGAGCGGGAAUCUCAUCCAGCGCAUCUACCGCACGGAUUUCUGGAACUUCUCCAGUCUGGAUCUGCUGCAUUUGGGGAACAACCGGAUCUCGCACCUCCAAGAAGGGGCGUUCUCCAGCCUGAGCAGCCUGCGGAGCCUCUACCUCAACGGGAAUAACCUGGAGAAGCUCAGCCCGGAUAUGUUCCUCGGCCUCUACAAUCUGAGGUACCUCUACUUCGAAUACAACGAGAUCCACCACAUCGACCGCGGCACCUUCAACACCAUGCCCUCUCUCCAGCUGCUCUUCCUGAACGCCAACCUGCUGCGGAGCCUUCCUCUGGGGGUCUUCUCCGGGGUCAACCUGGCCCGAUUAAACCUGCGCAACAACCACCUCCUCCAGCUGCCCAUGGAGGGGGUCCUGGAGCACCUGACGGCUCUGGUGCAGGUCAGUCAAAGAGCGAGCGUGACCAAUGCUUGUUGGAGUUUGGCAAAGUUUUCCAGAGUCAGAGGCCUUAGAAGUCGGAAGUAA